CGGAAGUAGCGAUUGAAACCCGGAAGUCGUGUCUUGCAUCAGGCGAAGGAGGCGGAGAAAACUCAUGUGGCUCUGUCGUGUCUGCUAACCUAAGCUGACGUCUCAUUCAAAGAGAUGGCCGCUCUCUAUGUGUCCCCUCACCCCGAUGACUUCAGGAGCCUUCUGGCCCUGCUGGCUGCAGAGUUCUGUCCGACCUCUCGCCCUCGGACCAUCACAGAGGACCCUCCUGCGUCCCUGAAUGCCCGCUCCAGACCCACCCUGGUGCUGGGAGCCGGGGAGGGGGAUUCUGUCCUGAGCGGGGCCAGCGCUGUGGCCUGGUACCUGGCAUCUCAGGGGAAGAAGGCUGGUGUGGAUACUAAACAGCAGAGCCUGGUUUGGCAGUGGCUCAGCUUUGCAGACAAUGAGCUCACUCCUGUGUCCUGUGCUGUGGUCUUCCCGCUGAUGGGGGUAAUAGCAGUGGAUAAGAAGCUGCAGCAUAGCUCUCGUGCAGAGCUGCUUCGUGUUCUUAAGGUUCUCAAUCAGGCACUGGAACCCAGAACCUUCCUGGUGGGAGAGAGCGUCACCUUGGCUGACAUGGCUGUAGCUACAGCUGUUCUUCUACCUUUCAAAUAUGUACUGGAGCCAUCGGACAGGAAAGUCUUGAACAAUGUUACCAGGUGGUUUACAACCUGCGUCAAUCAGCCACAGUUUCUGAAGGUGUUUGGGAAGAUCACUCUGUGUGAGAAGAUGGUGCCUGUUACACCGAAGACGAACGCUGCUACACCGAAGACGAACGCUGCUACCGAUGCUAAAACUGCUAAUGCCAGCCCUGCUGAUGACUCUGCCGAUGCCACAGCUAAUGGUCCUCCAAAGACAGAAGCUCAGCUAAAGAAGGAAGCAAAGAAGAAAGAGAAGAUGGAAAAGUUCCAACAGAAAAAGGACGUGGAGGCGAAGAAAAAGACACUGCCACCAACAGAGAAAAAAGCCAAACCUGAAAAGAAAGAGAUGGGCGUGAUCACAUACAGCACCCCCACUCCUCCCGGGGAGAAAAAAGAUGUCGUUAGCCCCCUUCCUGACGCGUACAGUCCUCAGUAUGUGGAGGCCGCCUGGUAUUCAUGGUGGGAGAAGCAGGGAUUCUUCAAGCCUGAGUAUGGGAGGAAGAGCAUUAGUGAGGAGAACCCUCGUGGCGUCUUCAUGAUGUGCAUCCCUCCACCUAACGUGACCGGCUCACUUCACCUGGGUCACGCCCUCACCAACGCCAUUCAGGACAGUCUCACCAGAUGGCACAGGAUGCGAGGCGAGACCACCCUGUGGAACCCGGGCUGUGACCACGCUGGCAUCGCCACCCAGGUGGUGGUGGAAAAAAAGCUGAAGAGGGAGAGGGGUUUGAGCCGCCAUGACCUGGGCAGGGAAAACUUCAUCCAAGAAAUCUGGAAGUGGAAGAAUGAAAAAGGAGACCGUAUCUACCACCAGCUGAAGAAACUUGGCUCCACUUUGGACUGGGACCGCGCCUGCUUCACCAUGGACACUAAACUUUCCUAUGCCGUCCAAGAGGCUUUUAUCCGCCUGCAUGAAGAGGGAGUGAUCUACAGGAGCAAGAGGCUGGUGAACUGGUCCUGCUCACUGAACUCAGCCAUCUCUGACAUCGAGGUGGAUAAGAAGGAGCUCACCGGCAGGACUCUGUUGCCUGUACCUGGUUACAAAGAGAAAGUGGAGUUCGGGGUCCUGGUGUCGUUCGCAUACAAGGUCGAUGGUUCAGACGAGGAGGUGAUUGUGGCCACGACCCGUAUCGAGACGAUGCUGGGAGACUCGGCUGUGGCUGUCCACCCCACUGACCCCAGAUAUCAGCAUCUGAAGGGGAAGAUGGUGCUGCAUCCCUUCUGUGACCGAAAGAUGCCGAUCGUCUUUGAUGACUUUGUGGACAUUAGCUUUGGAACAGGCGCUGUCAAAAUCACCCCGGCUCAUGACCAUAAUGACUACGAGGUUGGAGAGAGACACAAUCUGGCCUUCAUCAACAUCUUGGACGAGAAUGGCCUGCUCAUUAAUGUGCCCCCUCCCUUCCUGGGCAUGAAGCGGUUUGAGGCCAGGAAGUCUGUGCUGCAGGCGCUGAAAGAUAGAGGCCAGUUUAAAGAGAUUAAAGAUAACCCCAUGGUUGUUCCAGUCUGCAGUCGCUCCAAGGACAUCGUGGAGCCGCUGCUGAAGCCACAGUGGUACGUGAACUGCAAAGAGAUGGGGAAGGAGGCCGCCGACGCCGUCCGAGAGGGACGACUCAAAAUCAUCCCUGAUCACCACCUCAAGACCUGGUUCAACUGGCUGGACAACAUCAGGGACUGGUGCAUCUCUCGACAGCUGUGGUGGGGUCAUCGUAUCCCUGCUUACUUCGUCACUGUCAAUGAUCCCUCUGUGAAACCAGGAGAGGACAUGGACGGUCACUACUGGGUGAGCGGGAGAUCCGAGGAGGAGGCCAGAAACGUGGCAGCAAAACGCUUUAAUGUGUCUGCUGACAAAAUCGCCCUCAGACAGGAUGAGGACGUUCUGGACACUUGGUUUUCAUCUGGCAUUUUCCCCUUCUCUAUCUUCGGUUGGCCUAAUGAGAGCCAGGACCUGGAUGUGUUCUACCCCGGCACGUUGCUGGAGACGGGCCACGACAUCCUCUUCUUCUGGGUCGCUCGUAUGGUGAUGAUGGGCCUCAAACUGACGGGCAAGCUGCCCUUCAAAGAGGUUUAUCUGCAUGCGGUGGUGAGGGAUGCCCACGGAAGGAAGAUGAGCAAGUCUCUAGGCAACGUCAUUGACCCCCUGGAUGUCAUUACAGGAAUCUCCCUGGAGGGUCUUCAUGCCCAGUUGACAGACAGCAACUUGGAGCCUGUGGAGGUGGAGAAGGCAAAGCAGGGCCAGAAGUCAGACUAUCCAAAUGGCAUCCCAGAGUGUGGCACAGAUGCUCUCCGUUUCGCCCUGUGUGCCUACACAGGCCAAGGCCGAGACAUCAACCUGGAUGUCAACCGCAUCCUGGGCUACCGUCACUUCUGCAACAAGCUGUGGAACGCUGUCAAGUUCGCCAUGAGGAGUCUGGGAGACAACUUUGUGCCGUCAGAGAAAGCCCAGCUGUGUGGAGAGGAGAGUGUGUCCGACAGGUGGAUUCUGUCUCGACUGAGCGCGGCUGUCGGCCUCUGCGACGCUGGCUUCAAAUCGUACGACUUCCCCGGCAUCACCACCGCCAUCUACAACUUCUGGCUGUACGAGCUCUGUGAUGUCUACCUGGAAAGUUUGAAACCAGUGUUCAGUAAAGCUGAGGAAGACGAGGCCAGCCAGAGACGAGCCCUGGUUUCCAGACAGAGCCUCUACACCUGUUUAGAGGUCGGUCUGCGCCUCCUCUCUCCCCUGAUGCCCUUCGUCACCGAGGAGCUCUACCAGAGGCUUCCACGGAGACGACCUCAGUCUGACCCCCCCAGCAUCAGUGUCACGUCCUACCCCGAAACAGAGGAGUUCUGCUGGCAAAGCGAUGAGGUCGACCGUAACAUGGAGUUUGUGAUGACUGUGAUCAAGACCAUCCGCUCACUCAGAUCCGACUACAACCUGAACAAGACCCGAGCCGACUGCUACCUCGAGUGCACAGACUCUGCUACUGCGUCCCUGGUGCAGCAGUACAGUCUGCAGAUUCAGACCUUGUCGCAUUCUCAGGCCAUCAUCCCUCUGACGGCUAACCAGCCCGUCCCAGAAGGCUGUGCUGUGGCUAUUGCCUCUGACAGAUGUACUGUCAACCUUAUGCUCAAGGGUCUCAUUGAUUCGGAGAAGGAAGUGGCGAAGCUAAUGACAAAGAAAGGCGACCUGGAGAAACAGAUGGAGAAACUGAGAGAAAAGAUGGCGAAGAGCGACUACAAGGAGAAGGUGCCAACGAAGGUGCAGGAGCAGGAUGCAGAGAAGCUACGGCAGAGUCAAACUGAACUUGAGAAAGUGACGGAGGCCGUGGACAACUUCAGAAAAAUGUUGCAACCCUCCCCCUGAGUGAGGUUUCAUCAGGAUUUAUCUCCACUUCUUUCAAGUUACUUUUCAUGUUAAUUUUUCAAGUUUAUCAUAUUAUGAGGGGAAUUCAAUAAAGCUCUUAAGAUGGGAAA